CAACCACCUCUCUUGCCCUGCCCCCCCACUCCCGCCCGGCCCAUCAGCGCGAACAGGGGCGAGGCGAGGGCGGCCCCCCCAUCUCACCCUCCCCCUUCCUGCCCCACACACUCCUUGCCCGUCAGUAUUCAGGUGGUCGCAGCGAGCCACCCAUCCGCGAUGGACGUCGACAAAACAGGAGUAGGGGACCUGCAUGAUGUCUCCUCCCAACCCUACAUCCCCCCUUACCGUCGCUCCGCACAGGCAGCGAUGUCGGCAGACGCCCAGGGGGAAGGGGACGGGGAAGGGCAGGCCGCCAUCCAUGCGCAGGCUAGCCCAUCGCGGCAGGCGGCCAUCGGCGGCCACACCCCCUCACCCUCCCAGCUGCCCCAUUCUCACACUCCUCACCCACAGCAGGGGGCGGUCACACGGCAGCCACUGAUUGGACAGUUUGCCCAACCCCACACAGGUCGCCGGAAGAAGGGCAAGGGCAAGGGGACACCCGGGGCAGCCCGGCGCUCGGAGCAGCCGGACACGACUCCACCCUCUGCUGGCGCGCAGCCCUUACCAGCCACCACCCCUCAGGCGACCCCAUCAUUGCCCCCGGCCUGCCACCCACUGCCCUCCCAUAACCAGGAUGGCGAGCUUCGGACGGUCUCCCUCCCUCGCCCCACCCAGGCCUCACUCCCCUGUCACCCCCCCAUCCCGCCCCUGGCCCCCCACCAGACAGUCGCCGCCGAUGCCCCAUCCGCGAUGGAAAUCGAACCGGCGGUGGAAGAGGGGUCGUUAGCCUCUCGCAAGCAAGCCUAUAUCCCCCCCCAGCGUCGGUCCCCACCACCCGCUUCUUUGUCCCCCUCCGGUCCACAACCUCCGACCCAGGCCAGGUCCCACGGUGGUUCGCCCACCACGACCAACCAGCCUGCCCUGCUCCCCCUACCCACAGGCGGACAGUCGCAGGGGGCAGAUGGGGAGACGGAGGCGGCAGUUGCCGACCUUCUCAGGAUAUGGGACGCGUCCGCCACCCCCUCUGCGCCCGCUUGUCCGGGUCGGGUGGGGGGGGGCACCGUGGACCCUGCUCCAGACAUCUCCCAUGCCCCCCCUUCCCCCCCGUCCACCGCCCUCACACCGGAGCGCAUGGUGAUCGAUGACUCCGACGCGGCCCCCGACCACCCCCUCUGCCCAGACGCAUCCACUGCUCCAGCUGCCCACACCCCAGCUCCUACGUCCCCCGGCGAGGCCACUGAGCUAGCCUGCCAUCCAGACGCAUGCCCCGCCCUAGCCACUGUCCCCUUGGUCACGCACGGCCCGCCCCCCACUUGGGCCACCGACCUCGGACAGGGGCCCAUCGAAGAGGCGGUCGUCGGCGCUGAUAGCUCGGAGAGCACGAUGCCAGUCCCCCCGCACGACACAGCGGUGCCGACAGGAGGACUAGCGGUCACGUGUCCUACCUGCCGGAGCACCUUGGUGAGCAGCCACGCUCUUGCUCUCCAUGCACCCCAUUGCCAGCCCGCCGAUGCUCUACGCAGGGCGGAGGCCCUGCAGGAUGCCACCUCUUCCCCUCCCUCAUUCAGCGAGCCACGCGCCUCCGUCGUCACAUUCUCGGACGUCCAGUGGUCGUCCUUGGAUGCGGUCGAUUGGACGGAUUAUUUCUCACCGAGACGCAUGCAUGCUCGCCCGCUCCGGCGUAUCCCGCCGAGGGUUCGCGGGGGGUACGUGGAUGUCCUCUGCGCGAUCUUGCAGCGCAUCAGCCAGCACCCCAGGGCGGGCGGGCCGACGUUUCUGCUGUUGGCCAUCCCGACCCUCCUCCUCACGCCCGCUACACCACCUGCACGAUCACAUACGGCGGCCAUCACUGCGCGCAUUGCGCGCUUCCUUGGUGGAGAUUGGGACGCCCUCAUAGCAGAGGCGCUCCACCGCCGCACACCCCUCGCGGCAUGCACGACACGCCGCGCCCGCGCCGCGACUCCGACGCCUGACGAGCGCCGCAUUGCCCGUUGCCUCCGCCUGGCAGCGUGCAAUGAGACGUCACGUGCUUGUGCGGCCUUGGAGUCGGCAGAGGCGGCCCCGGACGGAGAUCAGACGGUGCACCGCCUACGGGCGAAGCACCCUUGCGCGGAGCGCCCCAUCCCAGCAUGGGUGGCCUCCUUCCGGGAUGCAGCCCUGGUCCUGAGCAUUGAGCAUCUGCGCAGGGCCAUUUUCACCGCUCCGAGGGGCUCUUCGGGAGGACCUUCGGGAUGGGUGGCCGAGCACUUCCGCGACACCUUCUUGGCCUUCCCGAAGGCCCUCCCUACCUUGCUUGCUGUCUACCAGCAGUGGCUCCGGGGCGACUGCGCCCCGGCCGCACUUCCCAUGCUGGCAUCAUCCACCCUCGUCGCGCUCUCCAAGCCGAACAUGGACGUUCGGCCGAUAGCCAUAGGCGAGGUCCUUGCGCGCCUACUCCAGCGGGCGGCAUGCCUGCAGUUGCGCGAGCCGAUGGCUCGAGUCUUUCUACCAUCACAGCAGUUCGGGGUCGGGGUGACCUGCGGUACUGAGCUGGUCGUUAGGGGCGUCCGUCGCGGCAGGGCGGACCACCCGGACUGGGUGGUCGUCGAGCUCGACGUGGCGAACGCCUUUAACUCGUAUCACCGCGAUCGCUUGUUCGAGGCACUGCGAGCGAGCUCCGAGUUUCGCUGCCUCAUCCCUUUCGUUGCCCUUUUCUACGGCACGCCAUCCUCGCUGUUCUUUCGGACCGGGCGAGGAGUCACCACCAUCCGCUCAGAGCGAGGAUCUCGUCAGGGCGACCCUCUGAGCCCAUUUCUCUUUGCCCUGACACAGAGGCUGGCACUGGAGCCAGGAGCGCCUGGAGCGGAUGGCCCGAGUGCUGCCGUGGCUGCCUAGGUUGCGUGACCCCCAGGUGGCUGCGCACCUGCUCUCAGCAUGCGUCAGCACGCGCCCUCAGUACCUAGCGCGCACGGUCCCGCCCACACAGGCGGCUGGGCGGAUUCGGCAUCCGCCGCAUGGCGCGCGCGGCGCCAGCGAGCUACCUCUGCUCCUGGGCGCAGUGCGCCCCCAUCCUCUGCUCCCUCCCACAGAUCGGUGAGUCCUUCAGACGGGCGCUCGCGGCGGAGGACCCCGCAGGGAUCGAUCCCCACAUCGCGACGGCUUUGGCAGACCUUCCACCGUCAGUCCGGGCCUUGCUGCCACCCCUGUCCUCUUGCAUCUCGAGCGCGCCGGACGGUCUGUUUUCUGAGGUGAGUCGGCACCUAGAGGCGGCGGCAUUAGAGUCCGUUCGUGGACGUCACACUGACCCUUUGCAUCUUGCCCGUUUGACAUCCCUUCAGGGCGCAGAUGCAGGCGCGUGGCUCACGGCGGUCCCUUAUGCAGAUCCACUGCGCAUCCCGGAGGCGCAGUGGCAGGUGGCUUCAUGUUUUCGCCUUGGUCUGUCUAUCCCCCAGUUAGCCCUUACAGGUCAUUGCUCGUGCGGACGGGAGAUCGAGGACAUGUCGGUGCCCCACCACGUCGUACGCUGUCAGCACUACCACGUCACCACGACCGUCCACAACGCCGUGAAGUACG